AUGGCGCCCAAGGCCCUCGACGCUGCCCACGCCUUCCUCGCAGCAAAUAUCCAGUCGGGAAUGGACAGAGGGUCGGCUGAUUUUCUGAUCCUGGCGCGUCAGCAGCAACACGAUGUCGAGCAGUCUCUCAUUGUCAACUCGAUCACCACAACUGACGCCACCGCGAUGCUCAACAACAUUCGGGCUGGCGAUUUCCCGCUGCCCUGUCGGGCGGCGAUCGCGGCCGCCAUCAAUCGAUCGAUCUCUUCGGGCAGGAGUGGCGGGGCGAGGGGCGGGCAGCGCCUGAUGCAGAACAACGGAUUUCUUUAA